AGCAACUGGUAAUGGUGGAACUAUCAGGAGUUAUUGAUUCAGACUUCUUAGAAAAAUGUGAAAACAAAUGCAAGAUUUUGGGAAUAGAGACAGAGAGGCCCAUUUUACAAGUGGACAGAUACGUGUUUGCAGGAGAAUAUGAAGAUACCUUGGGAACCUGUGUGGUUUUUGAAGAAAACACAGAGCACGAUGCAGAAGGCAACCAAAAAGUACAGCUGAAAUACAAGUGCCACACGAUGAAGAAGUUGAACAUGACACGGACACUUCUGACAGAGAAGAAGGAAGGAGAAGAGAGUGUUGGUGGAGUGGAGUGGUUACAGAUCAAGGACAGAGACUUUUCCUACAGCAGGCCUAAUAUGAUUUGCAGCUUUCUGCGUGAAAAAGAAGAUUCUGAGGAGUCAGCUCAGGCCCAAGACAAAUUGGCCGAAGAGUCAGAGGGAGAGGUGAGUGGCGGAGGAAAUUCUGAUGUGAAUUGUGACCUGGAGAAGCAGCACAGCUUGGAAAUAGAUGCCUCUCUUCCUCUGCCUGACAGCCCCGCUUCUGGGGCAGAGGAUUCUCCUUCUGAAAGUGUUGCUUUAGAUGAUGCCCCUCCGUGAUAUCAGCUCUGAUCUUGCCAGGAUUUCUUCAUUGAGUUAAUGGGCCAACUUUUAAAUGCCAACUUUUAUAGGCUGUGGCAUGAUUUCCAAUUUAUCUGAGCAAUUAAUAGUGGAAAAACGGACAUUGCAUUCUUGUGCAUUGCUUUUAUGUUUGGAUUAUAGUGGAGAGGGCUUAAGUGCUUUGUAAAAAUGCUGAUCGGAAAUGUGUGUGUCUCUACC